AUGGAAAAUGAUAACCUUAUAGAUAGUGAAUACCAUCAAAUAAAUCAACUAUAUGAUGAAUGUUUGGGAUAUCUAAAGGACUACAAAGAUUUAAAUGAAAGUGAAGAUCCUGAUUAUGAAAGUAUCAAAGAAAAAAACACUUUCAACGAUUUAAAUUGCAAGACACGAGAACAUUUAAAUGAAAUUUAUGACACAGAUGAACCUAAAAUAGGUUUUAAUGUUAUAAAUGAAUUGAAGUCGAAUGAAAGCAUAAAUUCAAUAUUGGGAGAGACUAAAUCAGAGAGAUUGCGUCGACUAUCAAAACAGCUGCCAAAAAUUAUAAUAACACACAGUAAUUCUAGUUUGGAACAACGAGAGAAAGUCAAUCAUUUCGUACCAAUUAAAUCUGGAUUUAAAACGCCACCUUCUAAGAGAAGAUCAGAGCCAUCUUUUCGCAAACGUCACUGUGAGUAUCCAAAGCGGUUAGUAUCCAAGGACGGAGUGGAAAAUAUCGCUCUCAUAUCAAACGUACCAUUCGGGAAGAUACGACUGUUAAACGAUACAUUUCAUACACUGAUAAACCUUCGUUGGCGUUGGAUUGUGAUGGGAACGGUUUGUAUCCAUUUCGCAAUCUGGCUGGUCUUUGCAGUAUUCUGGUACAUCUCUGCUCUGGCACAUUACGACUUCGAACCAGAACCUCCACAACGCCUCUGCGUUACUGGGGGAAAGGACUUCGUUACCAUAUUCUUGGCUUCUGUUGAGGCACAGACGACCAUCGGGUUUGGUGAUCGAGCGAUUGAUGAAGAAUGUCCUGAGUCUAUAUUUCUCUUUGUCAUGCAGCUAAUACUUGGAACCGGGCUCUCGGGAGUCCUAACAUGUGUUGUGUAUGCAAAGUUAACUAGACCUGAGAAACUGUCAAGAGAUGGCGUCGGUUUUAGUAAAAAGGCUGUGAUAAGUAUGCGAGAUGGCCGUCUUUGCCUCAUGAUCAGAGCCUGGGAUCUCAACUACGACCAUAUUAUAUGUUCGGAGUUUACCGCUCACUACAUACACACACGAAGAACAAAGGAAGGUGAGGUAGUACGCUACUACGCGGAAUCUUUAAAGCUGCAACAGCGUCAGUUCCUGCUGUGGCCUGUCACUCUUCUUCACGUCAUUGAUGCCGACAGCCCGCUUUACACAUUCACACCUCAACAUUUCACUGAUAACAGCUAUGAAAUCACAGUAAGCCUGAAAGGUGCAUCAGCAUCUAUGGGUACAUAUACUCAGAGCCAGAGUUCAUAUCUACCACGCGAAGUGGUAUGGGGCAAAAGAUUUCCCUCUGUCGUCAGAUACAACACCAAGAAGCAGAAAUAUGUAAUUGAUCAUAAUAAAUUGGACACAAUGGAGCCAGUGGACACUCCUUAUUGCAGCGCCUAUGACCUUGACAAUUCAAGGCCAUCUUCCCGAUCCAAGUCUCAUCGACCUGGUACUCCUGGUAGCUUCAGCGAGAAGGUGUCAAGCUUCGAACUGCAGAGGAGUUCUUCGUUUAGGAGCAAUAAGAAGUUAUAA